AAAAAUUAUCGCACGACCUAUUCGACCUUGUAUAUUUUCACUUUGCUAAUAUUGCUGACCUCAACUGAAAAGUGUUUGUUACUCAGCGGAAACCUAUAAAAGACCUCCAUGUGUUUGAGAUUACAUCAUAUUUUCUUAGCAAGUAUACUGAGAACAAGUUAAACAAGAAGGAACGGUGUUUACAGAUUUCGCCGGAACAUUGUUCAGAGUUUACAUUUUUCACCUUUAUAAUCUUCAUGCUUAGUCAUGGAUGGUAUCGAUGAAGGUAAAGUUGGAACUUAUCGACCUGCAAGUGAUCCAUUCCCUCCUCCUCCCCCAUACCCUGGAAAAAAUGACGACGAUUUCGAGGUGAAAAUUGCUCCUCAUCAAAUGAACGGCGAAGCGACUGCCAAUGGCACUACUUCUAAUAAAGACCUCGAUGAUAGGUGAGGCAUCUCUACAAUUGUUAAUCUUUAUUAAAAAUGAGUGUUGUAAGCCAACACCAUUAGAAUAAAUUAGUUGAUAGAUGUUAGAAAGUUAGGUUUGCGUGAUCAGGACUACAUGCAACCUUAGGCAGUGCUGAAAAAGCCCCACGCCACGAACGCAUUCAGUCCCGGCCGGCACACUCCGGAUUCUUACGUAAUUUAUUACAAACAGCUGCAGCAGAGCUUGCCGCAUUGACUAAGUUAUUGAAACUUGAAUAGUAGCUACCUAUAGGUACAUAAUGUGGUUUAUGCACAGGGGAUGGAAAAACAUCUAGAACCUGGCGGCGCCGACGGUGAGGAGAAAGUCAACCUGGAAGUGUCUUUGUUUCGCUUCUUAGGCCGUAUAAAUCGCUGAAUGUAAGUUUAUUUCUCACUUGCUGUCAAGGUUUCAAAUACCAAACGAUAGUUAUUUAAAAAUCUAUUAAAUACCAACACACGCUUGUUCUUCAUAUUCUUGUCUGCUAACCUUAAAUCUCAAAACCUAGUUCACUCAAAUUAUUUAUCUUGGAGGUAAAUCUAGGGAUGUGACAUGGAAGUGUGGGUCAGUUUAUCGCAUGGAUGCCUGUAACUUGAUAGGUGCUUCGUACCAGCGUAGUAUGCUUGUGUUACGAAAUUAAGUAUACUUCAAGUAUACUUUAUAUGUACUUCUCAGAAAAAAAGUCCAUUUGGAGUAUACCUUGUUUGUACUUCCAGAAAAAAGUGUAAAUGAAGUAUAUUUGGCAAAUGUACUUCAUUUAUACUUCAAAUACUUAAGUAAGGGUCAAAAGGGGGGUUUUGGGUGAACUGUGAACGCCUGUUUUUGAUUGCCGUGAAUCGUGAAUGAAAGAAUAUAUAUCUCGUGAUCUGUGAGAAAAAGUGAUCCUGUGAUUCGUGAAAUAACUAACUUAUUUCUCGAGAUUCGUGAACAGGGUCUUUAAUUAGCUAAUUUUUCGUGAAAUAUUCAACCUAAACUUUUGAGGAACUUGAUAUAUCAAGGUCAUGUCUGUCAACAAAGAUAAACAAAAUGCCAUGCACAUCCUAGACAUGUGCAGAUAUCACAAUGAUCAAAAUAAAUGACUCGCACAAAUAACUCUUUCAUGACGUGUAUUUGAUAUCAUAUGAAAUAUGGCGAACAAAAAUUUAAGCACGGACAGUGAGGGAGGCAUUUUCCAAGUUUUGGAAGGUGUUGUCUAUUAUGUGGAUCCAACAACAUCCUCAAAUACAAUGAAUGCAUUUGUUGUGGACUGGCAGCAAAGAGCGUGUAGGUAUUCCUUAUCGAGAAAGCACUGCUCCUUGCAGGCAAUUGUAAGGCACGUGGUAGAACGUGCAGGCCUCAGAGAGUGAACAGUGUAUUGUACAGUCUGUGUCAUUUCCUUAUUCAUCAAUGAUAUGCAAGAUGAUCUAGAAUGUACACUAAGACUGUUUGCUGGUGAUGCUUUAUUAUAUCAUAAAGUCACUCAUAAUGAUGACACCUUGGCUUUACAGCGUGACCUAGACAAACUAGGCCUAUGGGCUGAUAGGUGGUAAAUGCUGUUCAGUCCCUCCAAAUGCUACAAAAUGUCUGUUUUCCGUAGUAGAUCCCCGGUAGUUAAAGACUACACCCUUUACAACCAAACCCUGGUAGCUGUUCGGCAACAUCCCUAUUUAGGUGUUUUGCUACAUGUUUUGUUGCGGUGGAACUCUCAUGUGGACAGCAUUGCUAACAAGGGGAACUCUUCACUUGCAUUUGUGAAAAGGAACUUGUAUGCCUGCUCUGAAGAAACCAAACGAGCAGCAGAUGUAUCACUUGUCAGGCGACAUCUAGAGUAUGCGACUGCAGUAUGGGAUCCUUAUAGACAGAAUCAAGUGGAGAAACUAGAAGCUAUCCAAAGUAGUGCAGUGAGAUUUAUUAAACAUGAUUAUAGUUAUAACACCAGCGUCUCCAAAUUGAAGAAAUCCCUCUCUUUUGGUUUACUAAGCGAGAGAAGAAAAUCCCACCGUCUACAAAUUUUCCAUAAAUCUGUGUACAAUGGUAUUGCUUUGCCUAUUCCGCCUUAUUACCAGUUGUAGAAUUGUCUAUUAGGGAAACUAGAAAUUAUUACUUGAUGAAUUCAUUUAUUCAACCAUCUAUACAUCAUGAUUACUAUAAGUAUAGUUUCUUCCCGAGAACGAUAAGGGACUGGAACUGUUUAUUACCUGAAACCAGAUCACUUAAUUAUUCAGCAUUUUGCAGUGCAAAAUUAUUUUAAGUUUUAUUUUUAAGUAUAGCUAUAUUCUUAAUUACAUGUUUUAUUUAUUUAUUAAUUAUUUUUUAUUAGCUUUGUUUACAUUUUUAUUCUUUUAACUCUUCUUAAUGUGUUAUAGCGUUGAAGAGUAUUAAAGUAGAUGUAGAUGUUAUGAGACCUACAAAAGUACUGGCAAAGAUAUUGUUCUUGCACAUAUGCAUCACACUAAAGGAUUGCAACCAGUGUAAGUGUCAGUGCAAGUGUAACCAGUUCUGCUUGUAUAGAGUACAGGGGCACCCAGCGAAUUGUUUCUGUAAAAUAACUGUUCAAAGGAGCACAUAUUGCUUAGAAAUUUCUAAAGCUUGAGAAAAGCUUAAAAUUUCUGGAAAACCGUCCCAUUUGUCUUAAAUGUUGGGAGGUUUUCUAAUAGCUUAACUAUGAUUUUCGGAGGUUGUGUUAUUCAUAUUUUAAUACUAAGGUUUUGCAAUUAUUGUCCUAAAACUUUGGGUAUAAAGACAAAACGUCUCCUGUAAUUUUUUAAUGAAAGCAUGGCUACUUUGUGUCCUCAAACUUUCUACCGGAUCCAUAAGGGUAGCUAACAUUUUCGGAUGAGACGAAAAAGCCAAAAACGUUCGUGACAACCAAAGUUCCCCUAAGACACCUGAACAGAUAAACAGUUUUUAGGGCAACUCCAAAUUAACUAAACAGGCUUCUAAAGCCAAGAGAAAACCAUUUGAGACACUUCCGGCAUAAAUUUAGUAUUUUAGGGUGUGAAAACAAUUAUUUCUUGUGUAUGCAUAAUUCAAAAUAGUUGACACUUCAGUUCUGCAAUACUAUAUGGAUGACAAAUAAAAUCAAACGCUGAAUUUUGCAUGAUUCUGGAAAAGUCUGGUUUAAUUCCCGUGAACCGUGCACAACAACCCCCCCCUUUUCGACCCUCUUAAGUGUACUUGAAGUAUAAACUAAAAGACACAUUCUGAGAAUCUAGGUUUGUCUGCAUCUUGCUCUCCAAAACAAAAGUAUAAUAAAAGUUUGCUUUAAGUAUAAUUUAACUUCAAAACACUAUUCAGAUCAAUUCAGAGUUCAUCUAUUAAGGACACAAUGAGAUCAUAUAAGCAUUUCUUCAGAGUGGUGAAGUAUAUAGCAGGUUUCUAGAUACACAAGGCACACAUGUUCGAUGGACUUCGUAAGAAGAUCAUCCGCCGAUCCCUGGGCGAAAUAAGCAAAGUCGCACAGGUCAUUCUGGUCAUUUCUUUAAGGUCUUUCGUAGAAUUUUUUGCACUUGGCUGUAAAAGAUACUGGAUGUAAUUAAGGCCCGCAUCGUUUUACCUCCUUUUUAUGAGGACCUUCAGAAGCAGAACAAGAACUCAACACUUGCUGCCGGAUUUGGGGAGUAGAGGAUUGCAUUACACAGUUUGUGAAGUGUCACAGUAUCACAAGUAUCACAAAGACUGCUGCCAAAUUUGUUGCUGCUUUUUUACUUCCACCUUAACAAUUUGUGACUCUAAACAGGAUAUUGCAUGCGGGCAUAUGCUUUCAGAUCUUUUGUUUUGAAUUAUGCACUUAGAAUGAUGGCAAGGUAACAACAAUUGUUUAACUAGCUUUGUGAUUACGAACUUCACUCAAAGAUUGUUUAGUUUCUUAGCUUUUGAUCCAUCUAUGCACCGUGAUCUUUGCACCAUGCACGCAUGAGAAUAACUUUAAUCCCCUUGUCCUUACUCUUUUGUUUGCGGUGGGUUCUGUAGAGCUUGCAAAACUCUACAUGAUUGUUGUCGUGGUCAGUUAUCGUCAGUGAAUAAAUUCAGAAGUUGGGAACAUGUAGAAGAAACGGGGUGCUGAAUUUUCCGUUUCUGAAUUGAGAGCACAUUAGUCUGACAGGAAGUCAAUGUCAAUGUCAAUGCGGCUAUUUGACCAGUUUUGAGAAUUUUUGAUGGAACACGAUAACAUUAGAGAGCUGGUUUGUGGCAAAAUAUAGGCUCCAAGUGACAUAUGAAUGCAUGAGUUUUUUGAAGUCUUCUUCACUCUUGCCCUGUUCCGCACGAAAACGUCCCUUCUAAAAGUCUAAGCCAAACGUCGUGGAGGAUUUUGAUGCCUUUGAUUGUGUAUCAAACGUCUUUUCUGAAUUGCACAGUCAAAGAGAAGUUUUAUUUCCUCUGACUUCCAUAUGCUUGGUGUGUGAGAAUUCCACUCUCUCUGUAAACAUCAAUGUGAUGUGGUUGUUUACGGAUUGAGUGGAUCAAGGUCUCCACACGGUGUCAGUCCUGUAGAAGAAUCUACAAUUACUCCACAUGUGCUUGGUCUGUGAGAAUUCCACUCUCUCUGUAAACAAUCAAUGUGAUGUGGUUGUUUACGGAUUGAGUGGAUCAAGGUCUCCACACGGUGUCAGUCCUGUAGAAGAAUCUACAAUUACUCCACAUGUGCUUGGUCUGUGAGAAUUCCACUCUCUCUGUAAACAAUCAAUGUGAUGUGGUUGUUUACGGAUUGAGUGGAUCAAGGUCUCCACACGGUGUCAGUCCUGUAGAAGAAUCUACAAUUACUCUACAUAUGACAAUGUAGCGUAUAAAUUGCAAACUAUUUACUGUCAAGCGAAUAAAAGCAUGUGAUGUUUUUGCGAUGUACAAUACAGAGAUAGUCUAAUCCCUAGCUCUAGUGCGCUCAAGCCAGACGUGCAGAGAGAUACUCAGGUUUCUAUUGACCUUGUGAGGCGUAAUGACUGUAAUAGUAUUCUUUGCAAAGAAUUCAAAAAGGCUUAUAACGGUCCGAUAUCCUUCCAGAUGCUGACUAUAUAUGACACUAUACUCUUACUUAAAGAGCCCAUUCGUUGAUGAUAAUAAUCAUUUAACACAACAUUUGUUAACGAAAAAACAGGUCAGUGUUAACAUGGCCAGGGGUGGAUCCAGAAAAUCCAGAAAGGGGUGAAUGGGACGUUUGGCAGUCUAGUUGAUUUUAUGACAUAUUUUUUUCCACAUUUCUUAUGUAUGUAGUUUCAAAGGGAUAAAAUAGUUACAAAUCAACUGUCUCAUGUUAGUGUUUUAAAGGUUUGCCUAUAAGGGACGGACCAUUAGAAAACUUACGGGGGUGGCGGGCGAAGUACAAAAAAAAUAUCCGUGCAGGGGAAAAUUAAGUGAAACAAAAUUCAUGCACGCCAAUUAACCUUGAAAAAUAUUUCAUACUUUGUGAUACCUUAUGAUACCUUGUGAUACUCUGUGAUACUUUGUGAUACUUUUUGAUACCUUGUGAUACUUUGUGAUACCUCGUUAUACUUUGUGAUACUUUGUGAUGCCUUGUGAUACUUUGUGAUAACUAGUGAUACUUUGUGAUACCUUGUGAUACCUUGUGAUACUUUUGUGAUAUUUUGUGAUACCUCGUGAUACCUUGUGAUACUCUGUGAUGCCUUGUGAUACUUUGUGAUACCUUGUGAUGCCUUGUGAUACUUUGUGAUACCUUGUGAUACUUUGUGAUACGUAUUGUACCUUGUGACGCUGCGUGUUUUAAAGCCUUCUACUGAUACUAAAAUUGGUGAACCAAAUUUGUGCCACCUCAUAUGAUAAGUGAAUGGUAGAACAGACCGGCAUGAUAUUGGGGUAACGUCACUUAAAACUCAUGUUAAUAAGGUAUAGUGAUUCAUGUGAUGCAAUCACAAACUUUGUGUCCUUAACAGUUAUCCCCAAAUCGUGCAGGUGACCAAUCGUGCACUGCGUCGAUGGGGCCAUCUUUACGUACGAGGAAAGGAAUACAUGAAUGGGGUUGAACUACCGCUGACUUCCAGUACCGUCGGAACAUAUACGGGAUCUUGUUGACGUCCUAAUACGGUCAUGUAUGAAUCAUUUACUUCCGUAUAUGGUUUUGGCGGGCGAUACAGACUCAAAGGAAAAGUUUGUUCAGCUUCGCUGAGAGUGUCUUCAAGAUAUUUAUACGUUUGGAAUAUUUCCUUUAUCGAGUACAAUAUCAUGAGUGGAACUUGAAAAGAAAAAAAAAAGAAGUACACCAUGAGUGAAUUCUGACGAUACAAGUAAGUUUUGUGGUGAAAAAUAUAUCGGUUCCAGUCGUUUAAAUAUAUAUCGAUUCUCCUUUGCCAGUCAUUUGCGAAUUGCACACGAGCCUUAAGGUUUACAAAGUGAAAGCUUGUUUACUUCGCCUACAGUGCCGUGUAAGUUCAAAAAUAUAAAACCCAAGUCUUGUUUUCGUUAGAUCGCAUUUUGUUUCAGUUUUUGUCCAUAAAUGGUAGACAUAUUUCGUUGAUAAAGUAAGGGAACAAUUAACUUUGUAGCCAAAGAGUAUUAAACAAAUCUGACAUAUACUUUGGGCGUCUAAGUUAUUGAUAUGUGUAUUUAGCAAAACAUUUGGUUGGUUUUGUGAGCUGAUGUAAAUUGUGCAGUGUAGAGAGGUUUGAGCACUAAACCUAGCCUGAAUUUCAUCUGAUUACUUCGAGUCGUUAUUACUCCCUCAGUAACGUCUGAAUCGACCGGCCGUUAAUGCCGUCCAGUGACUCCACUUCUCCUUGACUUUUGCUUUAAUUCAUGCAAAAAGUAGAACACGAUUUUCCAGGGGCAAACCGAGAAAUAUCGUUUGGAAAUUUCUGCAUGAUAGAGAAUUGCUCUAUUUUUCGAUCGUAAUUCAUGUUUAACAUUCAAACUAUCAACUGCUUGCAGUACAACUCUGAACGGGUUGUAGUUCUAUAAUCAAACUCGGUCGCAAUCACGCAAUGGAAUAAACACACACACAGUACACUUAGUUCAAAAACAAGAAGCUAUUUGGUCCUUAAUGAAGAGAAAGAACAAGGAAACAAGAAAGAAAAGCUAAAAUGCAGAAUCAUUACACUUGAUGGUGAAAAUAGCAAGAAGGCUGAAUUAUAACAUUGAUCGCAGAAAACUUCACAUAAACAAAAUCGCCGGCCGCAGAAACCGCAAAGCGGCGCUCUAAAUGAAAAACCUACCGACUCUCUGCAAUGAUCCUUCAUUCGCAGUUCAAUUUAGCAUCUCAGUUUCAAAGACAAGGGCAAUUUUGCUCUUUAAGAUAAAGAUUAAGCUCAUUGAAAUGUUUGAACUACACAAAAGAAUGCCAGGGAUGCAAUCCACUGAAUAUCAAAUGACAAUCCCGCUAAAAUUUUUCAUGAUUAUACAUAAUUAAGCAAAUGUUUAGACAAUCAACCAGUCAAAAUCACUACCUGGUUUUUGGGUAGUGAGUGACGUCACUGGAUGGCAUUAACGGCCGGUCGAUUCAGACGUUACUGAGGGAGUAAUAACGACUCGAAGUAAUCGGAUGAAAUUCAGGCUACACUAAACCCUCUCAGUUGGUAAAACCAACUUUUCAUGUUUUUCUUUGCCAUUAAAGCUGAGCACUUCAAUUUCUGGAUAAACUAACCAAUGAAUAUUAGUAUUAUACUAAAACAGUGGAUAGUGUUUUUUGCGCGUUGGCUACUCAAUCAGUGAAUAUCCUGCACCAUUCACCGAUUCACCUCCAGAUCCUCCAAACAAGCGACGCCAAACUCGAGUAAGUUGGGAGCAAAAUGCCUUCCCGGUUUGCUGCCGUAACAAACAAAGAAAUUUCACAAGUAAUAAAGCAAGCUGUUCCCAAAAUACACGAAAAAUGUGGCGAAGUUUUAACGGGUAAAGCUUUGUCCUUUUGACUUGAAUUUAUCGAAAAAACCGGUGGAAAAGUUUUUUGUUUACCAAUGCAAAUGAAGCUUAAGUGUUGUGUUACUUUAUUUAGUUGACUUGUUCGUGAAUAAGCUUAAAACUAAAUUUGAUAAUCUUUUUUACAGAAUGAUUUUAAAUACAAAAGGAAUUCACAACUCCUAAUUGAAGAAAUUUCCCCACAAGAGCUAAACAAAUGCCUUCAACAGUUAAAUGUGUUGGCAAGGAAAAGUGACGACCAAGGCCGUUUGGUCAUUGUGCGCCAAAAGUGUAAUCGUUGGCAACAGUAAUUGAGUUAAAAUCAUCAUUUUUGUGCCCAUUAUCUCACUGGUUUAGUACAUACUAGUGGUGGAUAUUUACCUCACCACUUUGCAGCCUUGGUAAAUAUCCACCUCCACUUCGGUGAAUAAUAAUUUGAAGUAUACUCCAAGUAUACUUCUUGGAAGUACACCCACAGUACACUUCUUGUGAAGUAUACUUCAAGUAUACUUUUUAAGUGACCAAAAGUUUGUACUUUAAGUAUACUUUUGUUAAGUAUACUCAAAGUAUACUUUAAAUACUACUUGUUUACUUCUGGGUGGUAUUAUCAAGAAUCAGGGACCAUGGAGUGAGGUCCAGAGGGCCUACUAUAACUACUGUAAUUUGGAAAAUGAAAUUAUUUGUACUAUGCAAAAUUUGUAUUAAUUUUGCAAAUGAAAAUCUGCAAUUUGUGAAAUGAAAAUCUGUAAUAAUAUUUGUGAAAUAGAAUCUGUAAUUUGCAAAAUGGAAAUCUCUAAUUGGCAAAAUGAAAAUAUUUUUCUUUAGAAUUGAUGGCCAAAAAAUUGGCAACUUGAAUGCCAUGCUGCUUUGACCGAACAAAUGUGUCCCCAAAACUUAUAGAUGUGACUCAAAGUAGUAAGCGUCACACAUUCUCCCCAAAUCUCAAAAAAUUGAAAUACCCCGAGAAAGAAACUUCUGUAAUUAAUACUGGUCAGCUGAUCAAUAUAUAACAAUGCCACUGGCGUGUUUUAAGAUUUUAUAAAGUAACGGGAAACUUGAUGAUGGAUGAGAUUGAAAUGUAAUAUUUUUUGUUUCAGUACGGCAUGUUAACUGUUGUUAAUAUGUGGAAGGAUUCUUAUAGAAAUAUGUAACAUAAGGCACAUUGGGUUAUUCCAGAAAAAAUCCCCCCUCCCCUAGCAGAAGGCACAUCUGGAUUUCCAUAAAAACUGUUAGAUAUUACACUCAAUGUAGAAGAUUCUUUUAGGCAUUUAGAUAAUCUUUUUUUAAAUAACUCCCAAUUCUUAUUGAAAUCUGUGUUUGUUGUUAAAGUUAAGACUAUAUUUUCACAUCUUCUAGCAGGAUAGGCUGGAUAGCUAGACUGAUUAGCAGCUGUGAUGAUAAUUGGAAGGCAAUACCGAAUUUCUAUUUCGAUAAAUAUAGCGGCCUGCCCUUCCAUCUUAAGUUCAUCUACUAUACUGCAAUUCUUGACAGCAAUACCAAGAACUAACGAAAUUCUCAGAAUACGAUAAAAACAAUGACCUCAUUCUUUAGAAUAACUGGAGAAUUACGAUAGAAGGGAAUAGUGUCUUCUGGAAACAAUGGUUUGAUCAGGGUGUGAAAUAUAAAUUAGGCUCUGAUGACGAAUGUCCGUUCUGCCUUAAUCUAGUUUCAGUUGAACACACCUUUUCAUAUUGUGAAUAGUCAAAGGAAUUCUUUUCCAAAACUUUAAGGUGGUUUAAUGAAUAUCAUAAAGAGAACGUACAACUUUCAAACAAGCAAUGUUUAUUUAACACGUUCGAUGACUCCUUUAAUUCCAAUGCAAAUGCUGAAUUCAACUCAAAGCAAACUUUGUCUAUCGGUUUUACUGCAAAAGAAAUACUUGUAUACUUGCAACAACAUUGGAACGAAACCUACUUUAGAUGAAUUUUUACAGAAGCUGUUUGAACAAUAUUGCAUUGAAAAUCGUGGCAAAGAGUAUUAAAUAUGUGUGGCAACUGACAGGUUUUAUAUCUUCCAAAUAUUUUUAUCUUCAUUGUAAUUUGUUUUGUUACUUAUUGACUAAUUUAUUUAUUUAUUCUUUUACUUUUUGCUGUGUAUUAAUGUUGUUAAUUUGUUGUCAAAAAAAAAAAAAAAAAAUCUUCUAGCAGGCUUACACAUUUUGCAAAUAACCUCACAUUUCAGUGAACAUCUCUUUUUUCCAGACCAGGCAAAAUAUACGGCAAUCUAUACCACAGUACAGCUCAAAACUUAUGUACUCAAAUAAAAGGGUCUCUUCUUUGUCCAAAAAAAAUGACUACAAAAGAAAGUCAAAAGACAGUGGUGGGAUAUUAUUUCAUGCACUAUACCGCUGACUACACUACUUGCCUUUCAAAAUGGCUGCAGAACCAUUAGAACAACCACAAUCAAUCCAUUCAAAGGUUUCAGCUGUCCUUUGAGAUGUGUCAAGUGGUAAACCUCCCUGAAAUAGCAUUGACCUAAUUGGAAAAAUGUUUAAUUCAAGGUUGAAAUGUCAUAUGAUAUCUUCAAGUUAUCACAUAUCCUUUUACACUAGUAACAAAGCUGUGCGUAUGGAUGGAAACUUAAAAUAAAGGUGGUAAGAAGUCUGUAGUUUGAAAGAAUAAUAAAAUUUGAAAACGCAAAGCAGUUUUUUCAAAACUUUUCGAACUCCCAAUAAUGUACUUAGUUUUAGGUUCAGACCCCCCCUCCCAUCUGGAUUUCCAGAGCCAUUAUCCCCCUUCCCAUGACAUUUUCCAGCAUGCCCUUUGCAGGGGUAGUGUGGAUUUUGUCCAGAAGAACUCAUUGGAGUUUAUUUUACCAUGAAACCAUUUUAACCAUACUACAGAUUUUCAUUUUACAAAUUACAGUUUUUCAUUUCCCAAAUUUCAGAUUUUGCAAAAGACAGAUCAGUGUUCCAGUUUAUUCUUUCAAGUGGGGAGUCAUGUAGACCAUCUUGAGGGGUCACCCAGACCACUCGCUAAUUUUUUUGCGUUAUAUUUAAGGAAACAUUCUUUUAAAAUUUGAAAUCAAGUUGUUCUAAAAGGCUUCUAGUUAAAAAUGCAUCUAAAAUUGUUAUCUGUGACUGAUAGUAAAAGAAAUAAAUUGACACCACAGUUUGUUUACUAGGCUAUAAGGGGACACAUGCCACACUGGAUAGCUUUGCAUGUUGACAUGAAAACCUAUCCAGUUUAGAAUAAACACCUGUUCAGCAAUCUUGAUCUUUAUUGAAUUUGCCACAGUGACUCAACAUGGUGACAGGGGAUGAAACAGGACCUAAGUCCCAAUUGAAAUCAACCCCUUCAUUACCCCACACAGUCCAAGAAAGGUUGUACCAAACCACUGGGGUCUGUGCUCCCUACUCUUUAUGAACAGCAGUGUGGGUUCUUAUAUAUCCCAUAAGAAUCAGAACAGUGAAGGGUCUGAAAGAGCUCUGAAGCAGGGCCUACAGUUUUUUGUCCUUAUCUGACAAGACUAGGACGGCCAUUUGUAGAUGUCACAACAAAGGUGGCACAUCCUCCUCCAUUAUUUUAAGACCCUGAGUGUUGGUCCGGCUGGGGUUUGAACCCGCGACUUCAGCUCGGCAGACCAGUGCUUUAUCGAGCUAUUAAACUGGGCGGCAGUGCGCCACCAAAGAGUGGCACAGAAACCUAUAGCUGUAUGUGAAUCAAAUAUGACAAUCAAUUUUCAAGAUUGGUGUGGUGCACCUUCACUCUAUUACAAUAAUCACACUGAAAUCACUUUUCUGCUGUGUGAACAGACACCCUAUCUGUUAUGGUUUUUGUGCUGGCGGAGGGUACAUGUAGAGUAAAAUAAGUUAGUCUAUCCUAAAUACUGUUAGGAUGGAAAAAACCAGGUGCAUGAUUGUAUAGUAAUAUGUUACAGCUUCUCACUGUCCUGAGGAGUUGUGGCUUGUUGUCACAGCUCUGGUGCUCAAGUUUUUUUGAGCCCUUAUUGGCUCAAACCUUCAACCUAGUUUUGUUCAAUUUUCUAUGAUGGAAUUUAUAUAAUGAACAUUUUGCAACUUUUUGUCCCUGUUAAAUCCACUGGCAGGUUCUUUGCUCAUGUUCCCUGUCAAAGCAUGAAUAAAAAACAGACAUUUUGAAGUCUGUUUAUUAACAAUUAUUCCAUGAGUGUGCGUUGGAUACGAGAUGGUAGAUAGCCAGCGAGAUGGGUAUCGCAGAGUUGGCUAUAAUCAUCCCAUAUCCAACAAUGGUGAGUGGAAUAAUAACACCCACAAAAAUCGAGAAUUCUUCCCAACUUUAUUUGUAAAAACAAUCGAUUUUUAGCUUGUUUUUCAUUUUGAGCAGACGCAUACAGUUAUCAUAUUUUGAGAGCAUGGUAUAAUGGCUCAAACAUGUCUACUGUGAUGGCUAAGCCAAUCACAGCUCUAGAUUUGCAUUAUCCAAUGAUUCAGUUUUUAAUAAUUAGAAAUAUAAUGCAUGUAUGAGAGUACUAAUGGCACACAGUACAUGUGUAGAUAUAUCCACAAAAGACAACCCAUUUGAUUGGUACUGAAAUAAUACUGACUGUAUUACUGUGCAUUAGUGAAAAGGACAAAAAAGGAGACAAGAAAGGGAAGGAUGAGAAACCCCCUGCAGUGCCACUACGCCAGUUGGUAAGUAACUUUGUUAGAUAUUUUAGCAAGAGGCACUGUCUGAAAUUACUGAUCAAUACCUUGCCUAUUAUAAUGUGUAAGAGGCCAUCAAUUGGAUAGAGAAACACUUGUUGGUAAAGAAGAGUUCAGCAAUCUCAUUUAAAAACACACUGUUAAAGUAAGAAAAAGCAACACAAUUGUGGGUCUUUGGCCCACCGAUAUUUGCGGUAUUUUUUUUUUUUUGGAACUUGGUGGAAAGAUGACUCUUUUAAUGAUCAGCUGCAGGCAUCACUGCCACCAGAUUUGCAGAUAGAUGUGCAAUUCUAUGUCAAUUAGAGUUCAGGGCCCAGUUGUUUGAAAGUUGAUUAUUUGCUAAGCCGAGGCUAAGUCUUUUAAUCUUUGUUCUUAAUUUUCAUACCAAAUUACUGGCAGGCAGUUUUACCCCAGUCAAAAGAGAUUGCCUUGUACACUUUAUCUGCAUAGUAGAUAAGCUACACCCUAAAAUUUAAGCAAAAAAAGUGGAGCUUUUACAUGUACACCAGUUUUAAUGGCAAUUAGCUGUAAACGAAAUGUUUUCUUUUGUUGCCAGUUCCGGUUCAGUGAUAGGUUGGACAUUAUACUUAUGGUCCUGGGAACUUUAUCAGCAAUUGGCCAUGGUGCAGCAGUUCCUCUACAGUUCAUCAUUUUUGGUGAUCUCAUUGACGAAUUCAUUAACUUUGGAGCCUUAGUAAAUGCUAAUUCAACCAUAGAGCAACCUUUUGAUCUUGAAGGAGAAAUGGUUCAAUUUGCCUUAUACUACGUUUAUCUGGCAAUUGGAAAUUUGGUGGUAGCCUAUGGACAGAUGGCAAUGUGGUCGCUAACUGCAACACGCCAAGUGAAAAAAAUGCGCUUGGCUUUCUUUAGAUCGAUACUCAGACAGGAUAUUGGUUGGUUUGACACCAAUGACUCAGGAGAACUCAACAGUCGACUCACUGAGUAAGUAACAAUACACAUAGAAAUUCUUUGCAACCAUUUUAGAAGUACCCAGACUCUUAGCUAAUACUAGUCCAUAAGUAACAACUUUAUUGGCUUUCUACUGCGGGGGCAUUGUGUCCCCUGUCCCCCCAUGCUCCACAAUCUGUGGCAGGGAAGUGCAAUCCCCGGCUGCAUUUUACCCCACAGUAAGGCUUAGCCCUUGGAGACAGGUCCGGGAAAAUAUCCACUCCAGGGUGUGGACUUUCCUUUUUUAAUUCCCAGGGUUUUAAAAUGUCUCUGUUACUUCAACUACAAUAAUUUUCCAAUUAAACAUAAUUUUUAAUCUAAAGAACAACAACUCUGUACCUGUUUACAUAACAUGAAAAUCAAUCAAUGAAUCUUUUUGAAUCGGCCAACAUGUUUAUGACUUGGGAGAUUUACCUGGCAAACACAUCUUUGAGGUCUAUCGAAAGUUUUUUUCUCAGUAAGUAACAAAAAAGUGGAUGGUGGCAAAGCAGUUCAGAAGAAGUGAUAAGAAGAAGAUCUUGACGGUGAAUUGGAAAACGUAGAUGGUGCAGCGGAGCUGAGGAGACUAUCCUGAGCAAAAACCAGCUCAUAUGGAAAAAAAUUCUGUUCAGAUGUUGGUUGAAUGAUUUCAGUGUGAUGCAUGAUUCAGCAAUCAAAAAAAUACUUGCUAUUUCUGAUUGUACUAAUGUUUGCUUUAUUGCUGAAGAUUUACUCUAUUGUGUUUAAAAAGGAAUGCUCCAUGUCAGCUUUAAAUAAACUGCCAUUUUAAUUUACUAAACUUCCCAACUGUUUCUUCUCUUUUGCAUAUUAGAAAGAAAGCGGAAUAUUGGCCCUUUCUUGAAAAAUCUGGCCCCUAAAAAUGGGUUGUUGGGCCACUUUGGCCCUCAAGUAGAAUUUUCUGGCCGGAACACUGCUUAGUAAUUACUCAAAUUUUUAGGUUGAGGAUUCAAGCAUUAAAUAGUCAAUCAUGACUGUAGCAUUCUUAGAAAAAAGAGUGGUGAUCAUUCAUGACUCAAAAGUGUUGAAAAAAAUAUUGUUGAAAAAAGUCACAUUUAGAUAAGAAGUGGGUUUUAAUUAAUCUAUUGCUACAAUGGGAAUAUAUUGUGUCUUAAUUUUUAUUACAUUUUGUACUUAUCAGUAAAAUCCAGCUUUGUCAACCCUCCUCUCAAAAAAAAAUUUGUACCCCUCACUGCCUCGUCUAUUAGGAAUUUAUAAAGAAACUUGAAAUAUUAUUAUAAUUUUUUUUGCAUUUAUUUAUUAUUAAAUAGCAUUUUCAUUUUCAUUUGUUUUGUUUUUGCACAGAGACCUGAACAAAGUAUAUGAUGGUAUUGGUACAAAAAUUGGCAUGUUCCUUCAAGCUAUCACAAUAGUUCUUGUGGGUUUUAUAAUGGGUUUUGUGUAUGGCUGGAAGCUUACUCUUGUCAUCAUUGCCAUCAGUCCAUUGUUGAUGAUCGCGGGUGGUAUUAUGGCAAAGGUAUGUUCUUUUCAAUGCAGUGAUGCAUGUUACCCUUACGUGUACCAGCUUAAAGCUUUGAGGUACCAAAGCUGAGAAAAGAUGUGCUUUCUCUUAAUUGCUCUUAUACUGUGCAAAUGCAAUUAGAUAAGGGAGAAAAAUUUUCAUAUUGGCAUUUGUGAUUUGAUGACCAAAAAUGUUAGCAAUAACCGAUAUUUAUUCAGCUUUGUUCCUUAUAAUUCAACUGGAAAAAGAUAAAACAAGGUUUCAAUCCUCCAAGCUUUUAAAGAAAUGAACUGUCUUACAGGCCAAAAAAACCUUUAACUGCUUAAAUGCAGGUGGCCAAGUGAACAGAAUGUACCAUUAUCCUUGGGUCAUUGUGGUUUAAACUGCCAUUGUGUUUAUUAAGUUGUUGUGGCAUUUAAAAGAGAACUUGAUCUGUUUAAACAAAAAUGUUCUUAUCUUAUUAGUAUUGUAUGUUAUUUUUUUUUAGGUAAUUCCCUUGAAAAUGAUCUACCAUCCAUUUUUUUCAAACUUGGCACAAUUUCAGCCGUUAUAUAUUACAUUAAAAAAACAAUGAAAAGAUGGGGUAACCGUGCUUGUUUUCACCUUGUGUGCCCAUAAUAAUAUUUCUGAGUCUUUUUUUCCUUUUGCAUGCGAAUUGUUCGAAACUUAAAAGUAUGAUUCUUACUAUAAUAGACCUGUUUGUUUGUCUGAGCUAUAUUUUUCAGUUAAGUAAUCUCAAAUUACCCCAUCUUGAAAAAAUGUAAAGAAAUGGACAUUUUGAACAUUACCUCAUGCGUCUCUGUGGUUCUAAAAUUAAUACGGAAAUUCACGUCAUUCAUAUCUAAAAAAAUUCAAUUUCUACUAUCCAGAUUUUUUUCUCCUUAACAUAUAUUUUUUGUGUAGCCAUAACAAGUAAAAACACCUUUUUAGUUGGCUAGAAUUAUCAAAAUUGCUAUGAAAAGCAUUAGAACUACAAAAGGGGCCAUAAUUACCUCUUUUUAGGUGACUGGUGAAAAUCAUUGCUGAUUCCUUUGAAGUUGCAAUGUUAUGCUCCCUACCUGUAAGUGAUAUGCUGUGCCAAACCAAAGGGAAUUAUAACCUUAACUGAGUAUUUUCUAUGAGGUGAAAUUUUCAGGAUUUCUGUAUGUUUUAGAUGCUAUCUGCUGUAACUGCCCAAGAACUUGAUGCUUAUGCAAAAGCAGGAAGCAUUGCUGAAGAAGUGUUGUCAUCAAUAAGAACUGUUGCAGCAUUUGGUGGGGAGAAGAAGGAAAUUGAGAGGUCAGUUGUAUACUACAUUGUAUUUACUGAAAUUUAUUUACACAUAUUAAGUGGUCUAAUGACAGCAGCCAGCUGCCAGGUGACACCUGUUAAAAGUAGUACAUAUAUUUCCCAGGGCAACACAUAUCUAUUUUGAAACUUUUCAUGCCUUCAGUGUAUACAUGAAGUGUUUGUGUGCACACUCCUUUUUUUUGUUCAGAGAAAAGCUUUUACACGUGACUGAGUUUUAUUGGACAAUACACAAUGUACAUACUUGCUCAAUCAAUGUGAUUUUGCACAUGAUUACUGUAUGAUUUUUUUAAAUGUUGACUUAAAUGCCUCAAAGUUAUUAAUAUUGUAAUAAAUUGAUAAAAUAAAUUAUAUUAAAGAGCCUGCCACUACUAAAAGUGUUUAUGGGGGUCCUCUAAAAUAAUCAUUUGGACAGCCGACACACAAUGUUGACAAUUUACAUAAAAAACUAUCCUCUAGAAUAAAAUAUAAGUAGCAAGUAAAAAUUAAGAACUAUUAAUAGUAAAAAUAUUAUGAAAAACAAGCCUAAGAUAAGUCACAUAAAAACUUAUUUUAAAUGUGCUGUUGCCACUGACUGCACAUGUUGGCAAUAAUUACCUUGAUUCAGUUUUUUUUGUUUAUCCUGUAGAUACUCCUCUCACCUGGGAAAAGCUCGAGACUUUGGUAUCAAGAAAGGUAUCAUGUCAGGACUUGGUAUGGGCUUCUUCCAAUUCACCAUGUUUGGCAGUUAUGCAUUGGCCUUUUGGUGAGUUAAUCAAUUUUGACUACAAUUUCACCCAAUUUGUUAUGUAUUGUUCUGCUUUGUAACUUUUUUGUUGUGUUGUACCAUGUUGAUUAUUUGUUAAUAUCCCAUUGUCCUUAAGGUAUGGUGCGAAGCUUGUUAUAGAUGAUGAAUUGACUGGAGGAGACCUGCUUAUUGUGAGUACAUGUAACAGCUAAUGCCGUCAUUUCCAGCAAGAUUAAUUUUUGUCACUUGCACCCUUUUUUGACAUCCUUACCGAAAUACACACUUAAUGGUAACAAGUAUAUAGUGGUGUAAUGAUUAAUUGAAUUCUCGAUUAAUCGUGAUUAUGAACAUUCAGGUAGAUUCACGAUUCUUUGCUUCCACGUUUUGAUUUUGGUUCGAUUUUUGCACACCUUUUCCAGGGUACCCUCAGUGAGUUAUUAUAUUGUGAAAUCAGAAUCCAGAACUCUUUAAAAUGUGCAUUUUUGAUUGAUGAGCAGAGACGACAGCAGUUUGUGCGCCAUUUUGUGUUGCCUGGUAAAAAUACUGUCCUUCAACCACCCCUUGAGAAUUUCCAAAUAAGGCAAACCAUCAUUAUAUGCGACACGCUCUUUGUCAGGUUCUCAAACAUGGCAACGAACCAAGCGACUGUGAAUCCUCCUGUCCAUAUGUUACUAUUCUCAAAUUGAGGGUUUAGGGUUGCAUGUUGUUAACAUUAUGCGUUAUGUUAUAAGAAUUGAGAAACAUUUAUAUAAUGGAAAUCAAAGGGCAGAAUGAUAAAAAUCGAAUUGAAUCGCAAGGAAUAAUUAUGAAUUGUUACACCCCUAGUACUUAACAAGAUCCCUCAAAUUCUUUCAUCAAAAAUCAUUUGCUCAGCUGCAUUAUUCAUAAUAGGUAAAAUUGCCCUUAAUAAGGGGUGAGGACAAAAAGUCAGUCACAGAAAUGAAUUAAUUUGGAAAUGUACCAAAUCAACUGUAUAACCAUAACGUAUUAGUGCCAGAUCUUAUGGCCAUUAUUCCUUCACAUACCAUCACCCUUAUUGAUGCUACAUGCAUUGACCAGCUGUUUAUUUUUAACAGGUAUUUUUUUCAGUCAUGUUUGGUGCUAUGCAGUUGGGCCAAGCUGGUCCAAAUUUUAAUGACAUAACAACAGCACAAGGGGCAGCCUAUCACGUUUUUCAAAUUAUUGACAGGGUAAGAGUUAAUCAUUAUCAGUUUUGAUCACAGUGUAUAUCCAACCCAACUCCUGCCUCCCCUUGCCAAACAUCUCAGGAAAUUCCAAUUUGAGUACAAUGCACAAAGUUUGCAGUUUGAUUAAAGAGCAGUCAAAUCUUCUCCCUUCAGCUGAAAUUCCUUCAGUUACUUUCUGUUGGAGUGUGGAGAAGAUAAUUUUAAGCAAGGUUCAUGGGAUGGGAGAUCAGAGGUGGUGUGGCAAGUAAUAAAAUGUUUUAGGCAGACUUUCUAGCUUGCCAUGUUAUAUAUGUAACACGUAUGUAUAUUUUUAUUUUUGUAAUACUUAUAUUUAAUAGGAACCUCCAAUAGACUCCAGUUCUACUGAGGGUACUGUCCUUGACCAGAAUUCUUUCAAAGGAGAUAUUACGUUCCAAGACCUUGAGUUCUACUAUCCAUCACGACCAGACAUAAAGGUACUUAAAAUUAUUAUUUAAUGAUACCAGAGUUGCUUAAGGUUAACUGCACAGUGUAAAAUGAUAACUGUUGUAAAAAGGAAAAAAUAUAAAUCCCAUCAUAGUGGAAGCUAUUUUGUGAAUGAUCCUUGAGGAUUAAUUUAUUUAGCAAAAAAAAAUUAAAAAAUAUAAAGAUCUUAACAGCGUUAAUGUCAAAUGCAUUCAUUUCAUAGAAUUUAAAAAAUGAACACCAGUGAUUUUUUGUUCCCAACAUAAAUUGCAUCCUUAGAUUUUUGGCAUGAGUGAAAGUUGGAAUAAAAUGGGUUUUUUUAUUAGAUUUUGAAUGGUUUGACGCUGACUGUGUAUAGUGGACAGACAGUUGCAUUAGUUGGUGAAAGUGGCUGUGGCAAGAGUACAGUUGUCAAGCUGUUACAGAGAUUUUAUGAUCCUAGUGGUGGCAAGGUAAUUAAUCCUUACAUGUAAUGUCCAGUGUUGCAGCCAGAGUGCGCCACUGCGUGAAUCCCACAAAAGAUCGAGGAUAGGCCCCCACCAAAAGCAUUCAAGGGCCAUUAUGGUCCUUUCCCUUUUUACUUGCCUGGGCUUAAAAUGGUCUCUGUUACUUCAACUACAAUAAUUUUCCAAUUAACCCAUUUGCCCCUGAACCGCCCAUAACUGCCCGUGCGGAUCCACGUCCUUUCUACCCUUUGUGACAUCAUCAGUUUUAACGGUCAAGGACAACUUUGUCCGCUAACCUGUGCAGAGUGAAGAGAUCUUUCAAACCAUACCAGAAUGAGCACAAUUCAGUCAAGGACACCGGAGAAAGAGGCAAAAAACCAUGUAACAUUGACCUGAAAAUCUCCAUGAAAAUCUUGUUCCAUUGCUCACCUACCUUUCCUUUCCCCUAAUCCUAAGAUCCUAAAAGCUUUCCUAAAAACUAUUCCCACCAAAAUGAAGCCUACUAAAUGCCCAGCAAGAGAAAAAAAAGAUGAGGCAAGAAAAGCGAAAAAAGAGGGAAGGAGAGAAAACGAAAAGUAAAAGUCAAGACUGCUGUGUCACUUUUAAACGCAAAAAAACCCAGUCGAGCCACCUUAACCCUCACUAGUGGACAUCAUCUUAUAAUUAAGGUUAUAUCGUGUAUUUCCUUGAAAAAUAAGCACCCAUGACAGGGCUAUAAUUCUGGUAUUUUGUCAUGGUGUGAUUUUGCAUAAUUGGCCCCAAAAUCAUGACACCCCAUAUACAUAGCCAAAUGAGGCCCAAAUGGUGUGGUCAUAAUGCCAUGAGUACCCCUCCCUCACUUUCUAGCAUAGGAAGAUUAUGUCACAAGAAAUUUUUCAUUCUGUUGUCAUUUUAGGCAUGUACAUUUUUAAAACUUUGACUCCCCAAUAGCAUCAGUACAGGAAAAAAGUUUAUUUUUUGAGGCAGUUACAGUUUUCCUUUUAAAGUGCCUCCAGCACCUGACCACGUACUAGUCUUGUGGGGAUCUUUUAUGUCGAUAUGUCUGCCUAUUCUCUCCGAUAAUGGUCUGGCUAGCACUUGAAACGUCAGCUUUUUGUUUUUUUUAAUGGUGAACAAUAAAAAUUAAUAUUUAGUUUUGUUAAUUCUUUAGCAAGUUCUUUGAUAAAACCGAACUAUUCAUUGUCUGUCAAAAAAGACAGUUUCAAAACCUUUAAGCGGCACUGUCCCCAUUUAAUUAAUUAGAUGUAUAUUCUUCUUUGAGGAAGUAUCUGUUACCUUUUCUCUUUUGGGUAUGCUAAUGCCUGAUAGUGAGUUGGGAACAAAGGAAAAUAAAAUUUUAAUCCAGGAUAAAACUGAACUGCAACAUAUUAUAUAUGAAUUUCAUAAGUCUAGUCUCUGUACUAAGAUGGUUUUUCUGUUGAUUAAGGUGGUUGUUGAUGGCCAUGACAUUCGCAGUUUGAACUUGAAGUGGCUGCGUGAACACAUUGGUGUUGUGAGUCAAGAGCCUGUUCUUUUUGACACUACAAUAGCAGAAAAUAUUCGUUAUGGCAAGGAGGGUGUGUCACAGGAAGAAAUUAUUAACGCAACAAAGAUGGCUAAUGCUCAUGAUUUUAUUUCCAGACUCCCACAGGUUAGUUGGUUAGUUGUUUUUACAAUAUGAAGAAAAGAUGCGAAAUAUUGAUUAUGUCAUGCAUAAUGUGUUAUGCUGUUGAGAUAAGUCAGGUGAUAACUUUUGGUGAAUUGAUGUCCUUAUUAUCAUCUAAUAGAUGUAUAAUUAUUAAGGAUAGUACAUGUACUCUGUUAUCCUUGAUCUUAUGUAGUGUACUUCUUAGUUAUAUUAGAGCGAUUUUCAUAUGACUUUGAAAUGAAAACACGCCAACAAAACAGAAACAAGAAACAAACGGAAUUAGAGCAGUUUGAGUGGUUUAUCAAAUAGAUACAAACGUGCAUGGCUUUUGGUUGGUUAAUCGAACACUAGGGUGAAAAAACUUCAUGCCCCAAGAACUUUCUAGAAAUCAAUGGAUACUUCACUAUGACAUCAUACUGCAACACAAUUGGCCAAUGGAAGAAUGCCUUCUCCAUAUUAGGGUUUUCUUUGGUGGGAAAUUGAUGAUUUCAUCCAUUCGCCAAUAAAACAACAACAGCAACAAAAACUGAUGAGCACUUACCAAAACCAUUUUUCAAGGUCAUUUGAAAAUCGCUCCAUUUCACUGUUUGCAGUUUGUAAGACAAAAACAAAAGUCAGCUGAUUUAGAGAAAUAUAAUGCCUGCCACUUUCUUUUUCCACUGUUUACAGAGUAUGUUGUUCAUUAUCUUUCUCAAACUCAUUAAUAAUUCAUAAAGAAAAUACAGAGGAAAUUAAUGUUGAGUGAGUGUUUGGAAAUCAGAUGAAAAACUGCUCAUUUUUGCAGCCUUGAUCUCCUUCUAAAAUCAUUCUUGAUAUAUUACGUGAGGAACACUUUCACUUUCAUAUGAACUUUUCUUUCUGACAUUAUUUUAUUAAUUUUUAUAAAUGCCAGGGCUAUGAAACACUUGUUGGUGAGCGUGGGACCCAGCUAAGUGGGGGACAGAAACAGCGCAUAGCCAUUGCAAGAGCCCUUGUUAAAGAUCCCAGAAUACUGUUACUUGAUGAGGCCACUUCAGCUUUAGACAGUGAAAGUGAAUCCAUUGUACAGGCUGCUUUGGACCAAGUGAGUUCUAACAGUUUUUUCAGAGUUCUUGCAAUUCCACAUGGCAUUUUUGCCAUUUAGAUCGGCUUGCCUGGGUGAUGCAAUUGCUGUGAAGUUUGUUGUUCUGCAUGAUUUUGCAAUGAAGACUUAGUGCUAAAUGUUUGUUUUUAACCUAAGAGAAGGCCAAUGAUUUUUAAUCUGUUUCUCUGAACUUUCAUUUCAGGCUCGUCAGGGUCGAACAACCAUUGUGAUUGCUCAUCGUUUGUCAACAGUUCAAAAUGCUGAUGUCAUUGCAGCUAUUCAGGAGGGUGAGGUAGUUGAGCAAGGCAGCCAUGAUGAACUCAUGCAAACGGAUGGAGUUUAUCAUCAGUUAGUCACACUACAGGUAUAUCUAUUGCGGCAUGUCUCAAUAAUAAUUAGACACACUUUAAAAGGAUUUCGCAUUAAUUCAGAUUUACAUGUAGUGCCCCUUUAUUUGCUGUGAAAGAUCACAUUACUUUAUUGUGUUCUGAAAAUAUUGUGUUCUUUUCCAUAGACUUUUGAAGAGGAAGGCAACGAGGGUGAUGACAAUGAUGAUGACACUGAAGGACAAGAUGUUGAAGCAAAAGGUUUUAAAUUGUUUGUACUCAUCUCCCAUAAGCCAGAUUAACAUACAUGUACAAGUCUGUUGAGAUUAUAUCCUUCCUUCAUUACACAUUUCCCGAAAAUCACUUUAUGAUGAAUGCCUUGCCAUGUGACACAGUACAAUACGCUUCAGCAUUUGAAGCUUAUAAUCUUUGUCUGCUGGUUGGACAUUUAGGAACUGGCUAGGUUACCUACAUAAUUACAUAGUUGAAUUUAAUCAUUGGAGAAUUCGUCAAGAAUUCUGCAACCCCUUGACUUGAGUGUUUAUAUCAGGCUGACAAACACAACAAGAAAGUUUUCUAUUGCUUUUGUAAAAACAGAAUAGAAUUAAAAAAUCGCAAAAUGGGAAUCAAGGGUAGCCUUUUGUCUUUAUUAUUAACUUUGACAACUUUAGUGGAAAUAAUAAUAAUCUGAGUGUUACAGUUUCUUUCAUUUUAUUUUCUUAAUCUGAAUAGGGACUGUCACUUAAUAUGCAGGGCUGAUUUGUUUUUCAGAGUCAACCGCGGCUGCAAAUUUUAUGCGUAGCAUGUCAAGCAUGUCUAGUGAUAGUGAACAUGAAGGUACUGAGUUUGAAAGAAAACUCUCUGUUAGAGCUUCACGCAGACUGUCAGCUAAGAGAAGGCCCAGCUCUGCCAUGGACAGACCCAAAUCUGCCGGCAAGGUUAGCUGCUAUAUUCAGCCUCUAUAAAACUUAGUACUAUCUUAAGUGUUGAUUUAGGAGAAAAGAAAACUCAAGUGUUCCAGAAAAAUGGCUGGUACAAGUGAACUAUUGGGUACAUUGAGAAACAUAUUACCCUAUGCUUCUGAUAAAAUACACAAUGAUCAACCAGUUGGAACUUGCAAGCAUUUGAGGUUAGCGAUAUCGUCACUUUCAUCUACUCUCUAAAUUAUUCUGGAGUGUUCUGGAAUGGCUACAAUUACACUGACUGUUUUAUAACAGAUCAGAUUUCUAGUAAUAUCAGAUUGUACAUGAGAUAGUAUAAGCGUUAGCCUGCGUAGCGGGCGUCGAAAGGAGUAGGGGAUAGGAAAAAAGGGAAAAAGGGAAAAAGGGAGGAGGGUAGGGGGGAAAAAGGAAGGGACGCCUGCUAUAAGAACCCCCUUUGAUUCAUUUCUGCGGACGCGGGCGUCCGCAAAUUGCUGAGAAGCCCCGUACUUGUGAUUGGUCACGUAUUGACAGUGACAUUAUCGGAUUAGUUGAGAAAAUGGUGGGCGGAUUACAAAAACACCGGCUCUCAUAGCAGGCGCUCCCUUCCCUCUCCCCUCUUUCGUGCUUUUCUCCCUCCCCCUCCACCGCCCCUUUUUGCGCCUGCCACGCAGGCUAUGUAAGCGUCCGUUUUUAUCAUAUUACGUAGAGCAAGAAAGACAAAGAUGGCAAGGAGAAGAUUAUAGAAGAAGAAGUGCAACCUGCCCCAGUGAUGCGCAUCAUUAAGUUGAACACUCCUGAGUGGCCAUACUUGUUGUUUGGAAGUCUUGCUGGCAUGGCCAAUGGACUCUUUCCAUUUGCGUUUGCUCUUGUUCUUUCAGAAAUUCUCAGUGUAAGUAAAGCACAGUUUGUAAUUAUAAUAGCAACUUAGAAAUUACAUUUUACAGAUUCUCGUGCAAACUGAAUUUAAGCUAUAGUAAAUCGAUAUCUUGCAUGUAUCUUUGCCUAAUUUUUAGAGUCAGAUCAAGCAAAUCCCGUAAUGUUGUUUUCUGUUUGAAUUAAAAAGACAGCUAUCUGCAGAAGCUUACCAGGUAUUGAGAAGAAACAGAUCGAACGAUGUUCCAAAGAUCUGGAUAGAUCAUUGCAUGGCAAGGGCAACAAGGCUAAAUUUUCAACUUGUUUGUUUUGAUUUCAGGUCUUUACGCUGUCCAGCAAAUCUGAAAUGAAAACAGAAUCUGAAUUUUGGGCGCUCAUGUUUCUCGUUAUCGCUAUCGCUAGCUUUCUGGCCCAGUUUAUCCAGGUAAUGGUGUUCUCUUUUUAAAUUACAUAUAAUUAUCGUAAGACUGUUAUUUCGUGCAAUGUAUUUGCUGUUGAUAGUUACUAGUUCAUUAUUUAUAGAAGUGGCCACCGCCUUGUACUCGAAUAAUGAAAUUAUCCAAAUAUAGCACAAAGCAAUUAUAGUUUAACAUUAAAGGCAGAUCAAGACGGUUGGUGAAGUUGAGUAUGAUACGAUUGUCAUGUUGUUCUAAAUGGUUGCGCGUUAAAACGCAUCAUGAAAUAUCGCCGUGUAAUGUUUUCCAGUGUUACCAACCGUCCGAAGGUGAACCCGUCCGGAUGGUCCUUAACAGGCCUUAGUAAACCAUAACACUUUUUGGAGAGUAGCUACUCUAGCCAUGAGUAUUCUUCGGUCUUUCCCCGUUAGUCUCUGGUUAUUGCAGUUAUGAGCCUUGUGGGAUCCUUAAAACUCAAAGCGUGGCAAAGAUAACCAUCCUGAUUUUUAUCUUAAAACUUGUCAAGCUAGACACAGUAUUUUUAUUGACCAAAACUGAACAACCUGCUUCAUUCCGGUUUCUUUAGAGCGCAAUGUUUGCCAAGUCCGGUGAACUUUUAACUUUGCGGCUGAGGCAGAAGGCAUUUGAAGCCAUGUUAAGACAGGUCAGUAUAACUUAGGUACUGUAGAGUCACUUUUAAGAAACAGUAGAAGGUGCGCAGUACAAAAGUACUGCCCAUGAACUUGUUCUCAGGUCAGAACACAUUAAAGCGCUUUCUCUGGGCACACUUACAGUGCACAGGAACUUAUAAACAAUGUUAACGAGACACUUUUCUUACAAAAACGUUUUUGAAAUUGUUAAGAAGGCAAUCACUUAAUUUAAAUUUUUGUGGCAGGGCAGGGUGCUAAGAAAAUCAUUUUUGCAGCUUGCCAUUCGGGUAAGCUGAAGCUAGCAUUUACUAGCCCAGACGUCAUUUCAACUAGCCCCAAAAGCUUUUUGACGAGCAGAAUUGAUUUCACAGUUCUUCUGUUAUUCGAAUUCCUCAAAGUUAAAAACAGAAUUCACUAGCCCGAUAGCAAAAUUCACUAGCCCCGGGCUAUCGGACACUACUUUCUUUGCACGCUGCAGGGAUUGUUUUGCGUGAAAUCACUUGAUUUAAAUUAGUAAUAUGACAAUGGUCCCCUGACCAGUGAUAGUUAUCAGCAUUGGUGUCGUUCUCUUCUUUUGAUUUCAAUAGGAUAUGUCAUAUUAUGAUGAUCCACUACACAGUACUGGAGCACUAACUACAGCAUUAGCAACACACGCCUCCGCUGUGCAAGGGGUGGGUAACUGAUCACUUUCAUUUUUUAUUUUCCUUUUGAGUUGCAUAAAGCUUCUAUUUAAGCUGUAAUGGAGAUGAGCUUAAAUAGCAUGAUGUGCGUUACAAGGCCUUGAGUCAUGUCAGGUCACUCCUUUCCACGCAGUUCUAAAAUGAAACUUGAAGCGUAAUGUCAUGCGUGAAGCCGAUUAUUUGCAAACGUUAGUUUCCUUGAACUCCCCUCCUCAGAGCAUCCACGCGCUCCUCCUUCCCCUUAGUCUAUACGGAUUCUCUCCCCUAUGAUACUAUGCUUGUCCUGCGAUCAUUCGCUAUGAUCCGGCAACGCGUGCUCGCUUCCUCUUUUUUCUUUCUUUUUUUUUUUUCAAUUCCAUUUGCUUUAAAGCCUGAUGUAUUCUCGCCGUUCUACUUAAUAGAACUGUUCGUUUAAGAUACAAACAAACACUUACAAUGCCAAACAAUUACAAUACAGCGUCAUGUUUAUUUAUUUAUUUUUUGUUUUUAGGCUGCCGGUAGCCGUCUUGGUAGUGUGGCAAUGUCCAUCAGCACAUUUGUUGCUUGUACUGUUUAUGCGUUUUAUAAUAGCUGGAAGUUGACACUCGUAAUUCUGGCCUUUAUUCCUAUUUUGGUCGUUGCAAGUACUAUUCAGAUGAAGGUCUUUGCGGGAUCGUCGGUUUCUGAUGAUAGCGAAGAUGACCUUAUCCAGUCUGGCAAGGCGAGGAGUUGUGUUUAAUAAUUUAUUAUUCAGUUAUUUUUUUAUUUAGGUAUAAUAUUUUGCAAAUGCCGACAACAAAGUAUCAAUUGAACAUGCAUGUGCAGCCUUUCUUUCUCUUGCUCGAAUUUGGCGUACUCAAGCGUACUCGAGAAAGACUCUGUAUGAAUCGAGUAAGAUCUAUGUUGAGCACGCGCGGCACGUUGCUUGGAUAUAGUUUCGAACCCAGGUCUAAUAGCCGUGUGCCUGCGACAGCGGGCUCGAUUAUCAAUAAACGGAUGCUCGCACUCGAAAAAACCAGGUUGACAAGAGAGAACAAGAUUGGCUAGUCCAGAAGUUUGGGCUGCGGCAAUCUUCCUCACUCCUCGCGCGCAGGGUGACAUGUAGCGUUUCCUCGUGCAGGAUGGUUUUUUUCAUAGUAUCCUUUGUAGUGUUUAUAAGACUUGGCCAAACUUAUGAACGCUAAAGGGUGAGAUGUUCUUGUAAAUUGUCGAACUUCGCGCAUGUGUGCGUACAGUGCGGACGCAACUUUUGUAGCUCUGUGAAAAUUUGGCCAAAAUGGCAAAAGGUGUGAUUGACCUUUUUUAUUAUAAAUAUGGUACUUUUUCACUUCAACUAUUCGUAAUAAAUCUUAAGCCGUCUACACACCACCUGCCUCGAUUAGCCUUGCUAUUUGCAGGUGGUGUGAUAUUUGUAUAUUUAAUGUAAGAAAUAAAGAUGUUGUUGUUGUUGUUGUUGUAUGUUUAAUUAACUCUUACAUCCUCUACCAGGAGUCUCAGGGUGCCAAGAGUGAAAGCUUGAAAAAAAUCCUUGUAAAAAUCCUGUUUAGUUACAUAGUAAACAAGAUAGAUAAAAGUAGCUAAAUACAAUGGAAAACGAAAGAGUUGAAAUCUAGAUAUUGAUGUCGGUAUUGACUAAAGAUGUAAAAAGAUGUAACAAUGAUGUUUUCGUUUUCUUUUUGAUGAAAUAUUUUGUUCUUGUAAAUUGUUGACGAGCGUUUUUUUUUAUCCAGGUUAUAGUUACUGUAGGCACUGUAUUAAUUGUUUUAUGUACUUUAUUAUUUACAGACGGCCGUUGAAACAAUUGAAAAUAUCCGAACUGUAGCUUCCCUAAGCAGAGAAAACACUUUCUAUGAGAAAUAUGCGGGCGCUUUAGUGGGUCCUUAUAAGUAAGUAAACAUUUCUUUUUUUGUAGUCUUGACAUUUUCCCACAUAUUUUAUAAACUGACCUGCAAGUGAAGUGCGAAAUGGCAUUAAUUAGUUUAAUUUGUGGAUUAACAGACAGGCUUUGAAACGUGCCCACCUCCAGGGAGCCUCGUUUGGCUUAUCAGAAGCGUUCAUGUUCAUCGCUAAUGCGGUGGCGUUUUGGUAUGGUGGAAAACUUGUUCAGGAAGGCGAGAUCGACAUGGAGCAAGUUAUGAAGUAAGAUUUGCUAAUUAAAGUUACUCGUAGGUUAUAAGAUUGGAGUUGGAUAAUGUGGCUGACAGAAGUUUUCAACGCUUUCCAGCGAGGAAAAUGUACCAUUCCUUGUCACAAUCUUAUCAUAAUAGUGGUUUACAAAAAAAGUUCAUUUAUUAGUUAAUAAGCUAAAGCCAUAAACCCUCCCUUAUUUUCCUACUUAUUGUGAUAUCGUAAUAGAGGGUGGUUAUGUCGUUGCUAUGGUAACCUGUUUACUUCGCCUUUAUUCCGAGUAUCGCACUGGCAACGCUAGCAAAUUUCGUUUAAACCCUCCAUUUUUUUAAUUUUUUUUUCGGGGCUGGGGAGGGGGGAGUAAAUGUGAUAUUGACAAUGACGAUAAAUGUACAUGUAAUUUUGUUAGCAUAAUGAUGAUAACUUCUUCAUUUAAUUAAACUGUGGAAAAUAUCAAUUACUUUUUCGCUACAGUUACCUGUUUGUACUGCCAGCCCUUGUGAGAUUGCAUGUGAGACUGGUUUACCUGUUUAAGAGUGAUGUGAUCGCGUUUUUAUGGAAAGCACUUGAUAACAUCGACUUAAACCAAAGUGCGAGCCUGCGAGAAUGAUUACCUCCACCAAAACCUUGUUUUCACUUCAACCGCUGGUGACUGAGUCUGGUUUAGAUCGGUGUGAUCUAGCUCCUUCCCGUUUUUAUUGGCUUUUACGAGGCUUGUCAAAAAUGUGUCCUAAAAACAGUCCAAAAGUGCAAACCGGCACAACACCAACCCAGUCUCAAGUGAACCGCCAUGGUUUCUUUAGAAUCCACAUCUGGUAACGAUGAUAGACACUGCGCCUUAACCCUUAACGCCUUAAAGGGUCGGUAUUAGAGACCUUUAGAUUCUAAGACGAGAACGACUACGAGUACGAGAUGUUCUCAAUAACAGGUAGUGCUCGCGCGUGAGGCAGCGUCAUUUUGGCGGGAAAACGUGGAAGCCGUCGUCAAUCUAGUAGGGAACUUAAGAUAGAGACCUUUUCAGGGCGACCGCGACCGGACUGGCAGAGCAAGCCUAGAACAUAGGCAGCCGUCACUUUCUCCCAAAUUCGAACAUCAAGAUCGCAGUGAACUCAGGAGGACGGCGCCUUGGAAGACUACCGAAGAGGAAAAUAUGACUUCACAUAGAGAAUUAAGAGAAUUAAUGCUUAUUUGCUUGCAUGCAACAACAAUAACAACAACUUUAUUUCAGUAUUCCCACGUUAGUACGUGGUAUUACCUACUGUUCUAAACAAUUUUCAAUACGUUUCAUUUUACGAUACUCUAACGAAAACAGUGAGCUGAAAACACACAAUUAAAAUAUCAGAGUUCAUACUUUUUGUCUGGAUACUUUCAUUUGGCUCGUAGGACAAUUUUGUCCAUGUAAAGCUCACUUGAAAUGUGACUCAAAGAAAACAAGGACAAUUUAAGGACGAUAAUCUGCAAAAUUCUGGUCGCUAAACGCAACAAAACCUGAUUGAAAUGAAAGUUAAAUACUCACGUUCUCGCCGCAACGCCAAACAGACCAGUUUUACGUCGCCGACGGGAGCAAAUGUGGUGAGCAAGAGCAUGCGCGAUGUCGCAUAAAUCAUGACGUCACGUCCGGUUGAAGUUGCCGUCGCCCCGAAAACGUCUCCCUCUUAAGUUCCCUACUACUAGUUUUAGCAAGAAUGUCGUAGUGGCGUAAACAAGUUAUCAAAUGUCAGAAGUUUCAGCAUUUUGCAAUCGAGGGGGGGAGGGCUCAACCUCCCUCAGUAACGAUAACAGUGCUAACUUUUCUGGUGAAAAAAAGUACCAUGAAGAACUCCGGGAUGUCUAUUUUUUGACAGUACGCGAAAAAACUUGAAAUCAAAUCUCGUACUCGUAGUCGUUCUCGUCCUCGAAUCGAAAGGUCUCUAUUACCAAGAGUCGGCGUGAUGGGCUUCGUUAUCUCGCCACUUUCACUUUAUGAAAGGAACCUGUUACCCAGGCUAUGACGAAAUACUAAUGCUUGUAACCAAGUGGUUCCUUUAGUAGAGGAUAAAAGUUUUUCGUGCAGUUUUUGAGCACUUGUUGAGGAGGGAAUGUUUGGCAGAAGAACAAAAGAACGUUAUUUAUUACGACGGUAGUUUCUGAACGGAAGCCCUAGCUUUGUUUUAUCUAUGUGUAGAAGUUUUUUCCGCGAGAUUUGAAUCCAUUAUGUUUUCAUUUCGUUGGGAGUGCUCUCACUGAUUCCAUGCAUUGGCUGCUUAAUCCAGUCAGUGGAAAUUUGAAUUUUGAUCAUCUGUAAACUAAGAAUUUCCUAAAAUAUUUAUUGAGUAUCACUUGGAACUGCUCUUCGUGAACUACAGCACGGAAGCUUAGGGUUUCACUGUUGUGCAAAGUAUGAAAUGGUUUGUUUUAUUGUCUUUUGUAGAGUUGUGUUGUCUAUCGUGAUGAUGGGUUUUGUGUUGGGUCAGAUUAGCGCUCUGUCGCCUGAUUAUGAGAAGGCCAAGGUGGCGGCGGCUCGUCUCUUCAAAAUCUUCGAGCGUAAGACCCUCAUCGAUAGCUCGUCUGAAGAUGGCUUGAGACCGGUAAGAAAGCUAUAAACAAAGAUACUGACGCUGACACAACGAUGAUACUGAUUCUGGUACAAUGCUGCUACAACGUUACGAGAUAAUGAUUACCGUAGCACAGCUGAGGUGCUCUUUAACAUGUUUCAGAAACUCCUUUAUGGGUUUCUGCAUGUUUUCAAUUAGCUAGACUCCUCAAGAACAAACGGGGAGGGUAUUUUUAUUCUUCGGGAAUCUUUCUGCGAAAGUGAUUGAUCUGUCGUUCAGUGUAAACGUUUUUUUUUUACUUCAUUUUCUGCGGGUCUUAAAGUACCAAUUCUAAAAGCUACAUUUUCGAGUAGAGCAGAGAUAGGGAACUAUUGCAGCUUUUUACAGUCCUAUAGUCAUUUAAUUAAUGGUGCAUAAAGUUGUUAGAGGUAGGCCUUAGCCUUUGGUUGAUUUUGGUCGUGAAGCUUAGUUGUGGUUAGCCAGCAGAAAUCCGACACUCUAUCUUUUUCCCUUUCUAUUUGCAGGGCUCCUUGAAUGGCACAAUUCAAUUACGAAGCGUGCGUUUCCGCUAUCCAACCCGACAAGAUGUCAAGGUGUUACGAGGAUUAACGCUGUCUGUUCAGAGAGGGCAGAAGCUUGCUCUUGUUGGUUCAAGCGGCUGUGGUAAAAGUACAGUUGUUUCUCUCUUGGAGAGGUUUUACGAUGCCGAGGAUGGCGAAGUGGUGAGUUGAUGAUAUAAGACAUUAUAAUUAUGAGUCCUUAUUUCAGUAAAAAAAAAAAAUGAUAAUAAUAAUUGAAAACGUCAAUAAAUUUCUAAUGAUCUAUUUGCAGGCGAUCGAUGGUAAUAAUGUUCGAACAUUGAACAUUCAGUGGCUACGUUCUCACAUGGGCAUCGUGUCACAGGAGCCUAUUUUGUUCGGCUGUAGCAUCGCUGAAAAUAUCGCAUAUGGUGAUAACUCACGUGAAGUAGGAAAAGGUGAAAUAGAAGAGGCAGCCAAAGCGGCUAACAUACACAGCUUUAUUAACUCUCUUCCUCAGGUAAAUUCAUAACGUUUAUUUAAAUGUGAAGAGUUUCGCUAAAUAAGAGUGCAUUCCACUGAUCGUAUUCGGGAUUAUUUCUGUUAUUUGGCUAACUUGUUUUACUAUUAUAAAACUAUGUUGUGUUGUAUUGUUUUAUUAUUGUAAAACUAUGUUGUAUUAUAUUUUUAAGAAAAUGCGGGAUUAAGAAUACGAAGAAAUUUGUGACAAAUCUCUUCGCGAUUUUUUGGACCGCUGGAAUGCUACAUACGCCAGCCAGAUAUUUAGAUUCUACCACUGGAUUACCAACUUUUGGAAUAUUAUUUGAUGGAAAGAUCUAGAACCCUGCCGCUUUGGAAGGUCCUUUUUUAUCCAUACAACUACAAGGCUUGAAAUAACGGCCCAAAAACGAACAAUAUAAAAUCGCAAAGCCGGUUACUUGGUUACAAUAAGUAAAUAAAGAAUUUGAACCAGUUUAGAGAUUUUCUCGACUUUGUCAAGCGUCAUGAGGUUAAUACUGAACCACGGAAAGCUAAAAAGGACGUUCUAUGCAAAACUAAUAUUUCAAGUUGUGUUUGUCUUCUUUUGUAGGGCUACGAUACUCUGGUGGGUGACAAAGGUACUUUGAUUUCCGGAGGACAGAAACAGAGAAUAGCCAUUGCUAGAGCUCUGGUCCGUAAUCCACAAAUCCUGCUCCUUGAUGAGGCUACCUCAGCUUUGGAUACUGAAAGUGAAAAGGUAAGAGAUGGGAACACGAGCCAUUUCCUCGAGUUGACCACAGGCCAAGAGAAGCAAAGAAAAAAGCGUCCUUUGAGGAAGGAACAAAUAAGUAGGAAAAGUGAUCAUAGGGGCCUGUGUUUGCGAUAAGUUUUUUUUUGUCACUUCAGCCUUUGCUCUUCAUGCCUUCAUUCCCUGAAUUUCCUUCUUCGUAGUAAACUUCAUACACGGUUCAAUUGGAGGCUGAGUGGGGGGGGGGGGGGGGAGGAGAUACCUCCACAGUUAGCUUCAAUACCACGCCCUAGCGAUUGCCUGGUUUACUACUCGUAUAUCCGUUCACGCAAAACGAAAGUUAACAGAUAGUGUCGUAUUUAAAAUAACAUUUAGUCGUUAACGUGGUCGAUCAAUUAAGGCCACGUCCACACGAAUCUGGGCAUUUUGGAAACUGCAUAUUUUUAUGCGUACUCGUGUGUACGGGGCCAUAAACCCGCGCUCUGGAGUGCGGUUUUAAAACGGUGCGGUUUCGGCGCAGACCGGUUCACUGGUUUCAUGUGGACGGAAGGCCGAUUCGUGUUAAUAAGUAUGCGCUUUCAUUCGUGUGGACGUAGCCAAGUUUAAUGAAGCCACAUUAUAAUCCUAGACUUUCACUCUACUAAACCAAUUUAGAGGGAAAAGAAUGAAUACUUGAAGGGGUCUGGGUUCCAGAGAAGACCGGGCUGCUAAGUAAGAAAGCCUGGUUACAAAGUCAACUCGACAGCCUUUAAAAAACGUAGCAUCGAUGUUAAUUAAAGACAAGGACAUCACAUCAUACUAAUUGUGGUUCAUAAAACAAAAUCGUGUGCUUUAAAUUAAAGUUCUUUCUUCUUUGACUCGUGAAUCUGGAAUUUUUUUUUUUUUUUGACUUUUCGAAAAAAAUGGGUCGGUCAACACCCUAUUGGCCUAAUGAUAACUGGGUUUUUGCCUCUCAUAACAGGUUGUCCAGGCGGCACUGGACCGUGCAAGUGAAGGUCGUACAGCCAUCAUUAUCGCUCAUCGGUUGUCUACCGUACAGAAUGCUGACAUCAUAGCGGUCAUUCAUCAAGGGCGUGUGGUAGAAAAAGGCACCCACCAGGAGCUAUUGGCUCUCAAGGGAAUUUACUACGGUCUCGUUACUGCGCAAAUGCAAACCUCAAACAAUUAGUUUCUUUUUAGCAAAGAAUAUAACUAACUUGAUAGGCUGGUAUUGGCCAGGCUCCAGUUGUUCAAAAGGUAGAUAACCCUAUCCGCAGGAUAAAUCACUAUCCAGUGGAUAGCGCAAUUGGUUUCUCGAUUAAUUAUCCGCUGGAUAGUGAUUUAUCCUGGGGAUAGCGCUAUCCAAUGUUUGAACAACUCGGACCAGGUCUGAGUAUAAGCUCAGUGUGGUGCCCACUAUGAGAACUUUUUUAAAAAGUGUUCAAGGAUUCCUAUACUUAGUAUAUUUUAUUCUAUACUUGCGUCAGAUAUAUAACCACACCAUCGCCAGGCUCUCAAUGUAUCAAAAACCAGACACUAAGUGCUCGUAUUUGUAAUUUCACAAAUUCAAGCAGUUCCUGCAUAUUUUGCAUAUUUUGUCAAAAUGACAUAGAACUGUUUUGUAGGUCUUGUUAAAACUGUUUAAUUGUGUGGGGUUCUGUUCUUUUUAAAAAUUUAUUCUUGAAAUCAACCGUUAAAGGCGAGAGCACUUGGUGUUUUGCUGACCGUCAUAUUUGUGGUGGGAUACACCGAACCUUUGGAUUCUUAUUAGCCAUGCAUAUGGUUAUGAAAACUUAGUAAGCUUUUGAAUACAGGGCUUCCCAAAAGUUCGUUCCUCUAAUUUCUUGCACUAUAACUUUUGAUCAAAACUUUAUUUUUAUAUGAAUGAUUUCCAGAAGAUGCGCACUUCUCUAUCGAGUACAUGUAUUUAGAAUUUCAGUAACUGGCGUGCCCUUUUUGUUUUUUAUCACAUUCUGUAGCCGUUGCGGCAUGGAGUGGGAUACAGCCUGUGGACCGAGAGAUGAUCCAUUUUGAGCAUUUUUAUCACUUGGUGCGCAGAAGCCAGUUCAACCCCCAAACAACAUUUGUUUAGUUUAGGCAGCUGAAAAAAAUAUAUAUUGGGCAUUCAUCCAAAAAAGAUAAUCAUCCCGGUCCACUUCUCUACAAAUUUGAGACGAACUGAGCGUCACUUGGCAGACUAAGCAGAGGUUUUUUUUUUGCCAUCUCAGGGGCCUCUACUUUAAAGCAUUCGCUUUUCAUGAACCUGUUCUGCACUUGGCUUGCUAAGUAUGUGAGAGCUUCCUCGUCUAUCCUUCUUUAAAACUAUUUUAGCUGCUUUAUUCAGGACUUUUGGUCUUCCCCUUCGUUUCUUACCUUUAAAACCUUCAUUUCUCCAUGAUCAUUUUACCACCCAACAUUCGGAUUUUCCUAGCUCUUUUGGCAGUUAUUACAACGGAUGAGUCAGUAAAUCGAAGUAUACAUGCUUAUGCCCUCACGGAGCGGAACGUUUUUGCAUAGAGGGGGUUUAUCUUUCGUGAUAUUCACAAAAUACAAGGGAGGAGUUCGAGCAAUUUGGGCUGUGGCUGGAAAAUAUACUCACGCACGCCCACCUUUGGCGCGGAAGUACACAAAUUGAAUGUUCGAGUCAAAAGAUGGCACAACAAGUGUGAAAUUAGUGAAUAAGAUUGAAAGACACAACUUUUGUUUAAAUGAUAUGCUUACCAAAUCCAACCAUACUGAAAUACAGACUUAUAAAGUAGAGGAACGAACUUCUGGGAUACCCUGUGUGCUCUCUUCUAACCUUGCGGCUGUGAAUUAGUUUACAAACUUUCGUAAAUUUCACGACGUGACCGGAAGGAAAAUUCCGUUUGUUUACUGGACCAGUCAAUUAUCUUAUCCAUACCAGAAAAUAGACUUCUGAGAGGUACUGCUAGAGAGUUCAAAUUGGACAUUUCCGUCUUCAGUGGAGGUAUUGUGGAGGUAUUAAACUCCCUCCUCCUUCUUGUAAUGUGCGCAAUUUAUACGGACUCUUUAAUUGUGUAAAUAACAAUAUAGAGGAUUUUCCACUUGCAACCUUAAAGGUCAUCAUUUAUUAUAUUUUAUUUACAGUUUAAACGAAGUACCAUGUUUCUCAGCUAAACUAUUUUAUUGUAUUUAAUACUCCACAACAUUUAACGCCUUAGUGUUCAUGUUCAUAAGCGUCGCCAGGCACGCAUGACCUCUGAACUUUUGCGAAGAGUGAUAUUUGUGUCCAGUUAUGUAAGUCUGGAUUGUUCAAGUAUUUAUUGGGUUAUUUUUAAAAUUUACUGUAUACAACGUAUGUACCCUUGUAUACCAAACUAAACACCAUGUGCUUUUGAGGACGAGAUGUACGUAACGAAUAUAAUGACGAGGAGGAAACGCUGCAGAAUGAUUAUUGCAGGUGUCAGAAGCGAAUGAAAGUAAAAUUUAUUGCCUUUCUCUUUUUUUCCUUUUUGUUAUAUAAAACAUUAUAUUUAUACUUUUACUUUAUUAAACAACAAAUAUAGUACACUACAAAUGUUUGGGUUACAAGCCCCACUCGAUAAGGAUAGAAGCAUUCUCCAGUUAUUAUAAGUUGAUAACUCGAAAAGUUAUGAGAAACCCAAAGCUGUUCAACGCCGCCGUGAAGAGCGGUUUAAACUGUGUUUAGUUUUUUUAGUAAUCUUGCCUUUCUUGUUGAAAAUUCACUUGGCGCCGGCUCUUGAAGCCUGCUGGCCUAGGGAAAUGUUGGAGGGGACUCUUGGCCACCGUGAAAGGGAUUCAGUUCAUCUUAUUCUCCCUACCGGCCCACCUAGGCGAGGCCACAAUUCCUUUACAAACUAUACCUAAUCUAACUAUUUAUUUGCGUUCGCUGAGCUUUGAGUCUUUGUCACUGUUACUGCAGAUGUUUGUUCUCUUUUUGUAUGUAAUAAAACUAUAUAACCUUUG